GACAUGUACAGCAGCCAGGAAGCAGACAUGCAAGCUGUAACAACCGUAGAGGAGAAUGGACUCUGGAAGUAACCUGGAGAAACUACACAGCAAACUAACAUGUCCAAUCUGUCUGGAGCUUUUCAAAGAGCCAGUUCAUUUGGCAUGUGGAGACCACUUCUGCAUGCCCUGUAUCAGCCAGUUAUGGGAGAAAUGCAAGGAGAGCUUCCCAUGUCCUCAGUGUGGAAAGACGUUUGAGGAUAGGAGCCUCGAGACCAGCUCGUUGUUAGGUAACGUGGUGGAGAGCGUAAGGGAAAUGAGGCUGGGCUCCAAGCACGAUUCUCUGUGUGAAGAGCACGAGGAGAAGCUGAAACUGUUCUGUGAGGAUGACCAGAGAGCGAUCUGUGUGGUGUGUGGCUGUUCCAGGGAGCACAAAACCCAUAACGUCAUCCCUAUUAAAGAAGCUUUCCAAAGCUACAAGGAGAAUAUGUCAGAAUCCCUGCAGAAGAUUCACAAGCUAUUAAAAGAGGUGUCUGAAUCAGAGGACAAAACAGUCAGUGCCAUAAACAACAUGAAGGAGUUGGCAGAGAGUCUGGAAGAGCAGAUUGGUGCUGACUUCACUAAAAUGCACCAGUUCCUGGAGCAGCAAGAGGGCGAGAUUAAGAGCAAGCUUAGGAACGAGGAAAAGAAGAUACUGAACCAGCUGGAAGAAUCCAAGAGUUUCAUAGAAGCAGAAAGGAGCCGCUUGCAGCAGGCAGCCAAAGAUCUGGAAGAGACACUGACUCUGCAGGAGACGCCUGCUUUGCUGAAGGAUAUUAAAGACCUUCUCAGUAGGACAAUCAUGACCUAUCAGAAACCAAAGUGUGUUUCUAGUGACCAGUGUCUAGGAAAAUAUGGAGGUCCUCUAAUGUAUGGAGUGUGGAAGAAGAUGAGAAAUAUCCUCGAUCUGGUUGCAUUUCCAGUUACCCUGAAUGCCAACACUGCAAAUCCCUGGCUUGUCCUAUCUGAUUCUCAGAGCUGUGUGAAACUUGGAGAGGCCAAACAGACUCUCCCAGACAGCCCAGAGAGGUUUGACUCAGUGGGGGCUGUGUUGGGGUUUGAAGGCUUCAGCACAGGGAGGCACUACUGGGAGGUGGAGGUGGGGGAGAAGACUAUGUGGGGACUGGGAGUGGUCAGAGAGUCUGUCAACAGGAAAGGGGAGAUGACAUCAUCCCCCAAGGAUGGACUGUGGAUUCUGGCUUUGAGAAAUGGCAAUGAGUACAAGGCAUAUACCUUGCCUUGCACCCUCCUGUCAGUGCAACAUAAACCCACAAAGAUUGGAGUGUUCCUCGACCAUGAAAGGGGUCAAGUGUCCUUUUACAAUGCAGAAGACAUGAUCCAUCUCUACACUUUCAGGGAUACGUUCACUGAGAAAAUGUAUCCUUACUUUUGUCCUGGUAUAGGUGACAAAGGUAGAAAUAAACAGCCGCUGAAUAUUUUUAAGUUGCAGGUGUAAAUCUACAUUGAAUUAAAGGAUAUACAGUUUAGUAAACCAUACAUGUGUACUACUAUUACUUUUUCUGUCAUUUUUUUCUAUUAAUUAUCUCCAUAGAAGUGAAGAAAGCACAGUGUUCAGUUUGUAGUCAAAAUGUAGUCUAAAAAAAAAAUAAUAGUUCAAAACAAAACACGACUUGCAAUCAUAAAUUAUAAGAUAAAAAAUGAAAAAGGCAAAUGGUUUUGGAAAUAAUAGAUGAAUUGCAGAAUGCGACUAGAAAUCAGGCAUUGGUUAAUUUGGAACAUCAUUGUUUUAUAUCGAGACUUCAAUAUCUUAUCAAGGUGUGUGCGUUCUGUAUGCUUCUCUAGGGUUGUUUUUACUGUGCUUGUUGUUUGUCCUGCUUGAUAACUAUUCCAAAAAAAAUAGAAUGCUUUUGAAAAAGCGUUCCAAGAGUGAUGGUGGGAAGAUGAGGAAGCAUAUGAGCACUGAAGCGCACAGGCAAAGUAUUGUGGAUUGAAACUUGUGCCACACUAAUAUACUUCCCCACAAUACAGAUUUAAAAAAAAG